AUGUUUGAGGAGCUCCAGUUGAGCCUGGCCGUCUGGGACGAGGACUUCACCUCUGAUCAUCAGCAGGUGGAGGAAAAGCCUGAUCUGGCCUCGGACUCCGAGUCAAACCAGAACGCCUCCAGUAUCGGUGGGAGGAGUCAGACUGAGGGGUGUCCGGACCUGCAGGAGAGCAGCAUCAUCCAGGUCAAAUUCCCGCCUCCUUAUCUACGGAGCGGUACCAGUCCAACCGGGUUUAUUGAGGCGGUCGUUAAAGUGGAAGAGGAAGAUCCUCUGCCGAGCACCUCCGCCCAGCAGGAAGAGGCUGGGGAAGACUUUGCAGUUUCCUCUGAAGCCGACAGCGAAGAGGAGUGGAGGUCAAGCUCCCAGUCCAAAAGGCAAAUUAGCACCAAGAAGAAGAAGACAAAGGCAAACAAGAGGGUUCCUCAUCCUCCAGUCGCCCCCAAACUGAACCCCUCCAAAAAGAACAAGUCUCCCAUCUGCUGCAAAAUCUGUGGCAGAGCCUUCCUCCUCACCGUGUCUCUGGUGAACCAUGUGCAAGUUCACUCCAAGGACAUCUGCGGCGUGUGCGGGGAACGCUUCGAUGGCGAGGAGAGGUUCGACGCUCACCUGAAAACACACGUCAAGGCGGAGAGCUGCAGCGUCUGCGGGAAGUGCUUCACCAGCUGCAGCGGUUUGGAGAUCCACAUGAGGAUCCACACGGGGGAGAAGCCGUUCGUCUGCAGCGAGUGCGGGAAGCGCUUCACCACCCGGGCCAACAUGGCCCGGCACGUCCGAACCCACACCGGCGAGAGGCCGUACACCUGCACCGUGUGCGGCAGAAGCUUCAACGACUACACCACCAUGAAGCGCCACCUGUUCCUUCACUCUGCCAAGAACAGCCACCUCGGAGAGUCCUCGUGCGAAAACGGCGACGGGAAGAGUCCGUCCUUCAGAAAACCACGCGCUGUCUGCAAGGUGUGCGGCAUGUCGUUCCACUCCGUGGUCUCCCUGCUGAACCACGGCAAACAGCAUGAGACGGUGCUCUGCUAUGUGUGCGGCGAUCACCUCGGCUCCUUGGACAGCUUAGCGGCUCACCUGGACACUCACAAAAACGGGAAGGUGUGCGACGUGUGCGGGAAGUGUUUUGACAGCCAGGGACACCUGGAGAUCCACAUGCGGAUCCACACUGGAGAGAAGCCAUUUGUCUGCACCGAGUGCGGGAAAUCCUUCACCACCCGGCCUCACCUGGUGCGGCAUAAGAGAAUCCAUACCGGGGAGAGGCCCUACACCUGCAGCUUCUGCGGUAAAACCUUCAACGACUACACCACCCACAAGCGGCACCUGCUGAUCCACAUCAAGAAGUCCAGCGUGGAAGGCAUCCCUGUGGGUCCAAGUGACCACAGUGAGACCAGUUCCAAUAAGAAACGCCGGCAGGUGCCCUGCAAGGUUUGCGGGGUGACCUUCUGCUCCAAAAUCUCUCUGGUGAAUCAUGCCAAAAUC